CUUCUCCAACCGUCUGAUGACUUCUACAAUAUUUGUUUUACAGCUUGUGAAUCCGGGUGAAGAUCUGAACAUUAUAUAUGUUACAGAGACAUAUGUGAGGGGUGAUGAGCAGAGUACAGAGGACAUUCCUACAGAUAACUGCCCAGAUGACUGUACCAGGAACUUAGACAAACAUCUGGUAUCUUCAGAUUUUGAAGUAGAUGAUUGUGGCAUCACACGAUAUACAUUUGAAGAUCAUGCCAAUAUGCAAGAUAUACCCUCAUCCAAUCAAAGCAACAAUGCAUCAUUUGAUUCUUUUAAACAGGUCCGAUCUUCUGAUUCAUCACAGACUGUAACACAGAAUAAAAGUCACAGAAAACGUGCUAAACAUCAAACAGCUCACGUAAAAGAGAAACCAUUUUCAUGUUUAGAAUGUGGAAAAUGUUUUAGAUUUAAAUCGGGUAUUGUUAGACAUGAGCGAAUUCACACAGGGGAGAAGCCAUUUUCAUGUUCAGAAUGUGGGAAAUGUUUUCACCAACAAUCACAUCUUGUUAUACAUCAAAGAAAUCACACAGGGGAGAAGCCAUUUUCAUGUUCAGAAUGUGAGAAAUGUUUUAAGCAGAAAUCAGCUCUUGUUAUACAUCAGAGAGUUCACACAGGGGAGAAGCCAUUUUCAUGUUCAGAAUGUGGGAAAUGUUUUAAGACGAAAUCAGCUCUUGUUAUACAUCAGAGAAAUCACACAGGGGAGAAGCCAUUUUCAUGUUCAGAAUGUGGAAAAUGUUUUAAGCAGAAAUGGGCUUUUAUUGUACAUCAGAGAAGUCACACAGGAGUGAAGACAUUUUCAUGUUCAGAAUGUGGGAAAUUUUUUAAGAUGAAAUCAGAACUUGUUAUACAUCAGAGAAAUCACACAGGGGAGAAGCCAUUUUCAUGUUCAGACUGUGGGAAAUGUUUUAAGCAGAAAUCAGCUCUUGUUAUACAUCAGAGAGUUCACACAGGGGAGAAGCCAUUUUCAUGUUCAGAAUGUGGAAAACGUUUUAAGCAGAAAUGGGCUUUUAUUGUACAUCAGAGAGUUCACACAGGGGAGAAGCCAUUUUCAUGUUCAGAAUGUGGGAAAUGUUUUAAGCAGAAAUGGGCUUUUAUUGUACAUCAGAGAAAUCACACAGGGGAGAAGCCAUUUUCAUGUUCAGAAUGUGGGAAAUGUUUUAAGCAGAAAUCACAUCUUGUUGAACAUCAGAGAAAUCACACAGGAGAGAAGCCAUUUUCAUGUUCAGAAUGUGGGAAAUGUUUUAAGAUGAAAUCAGAACUUGUUAUUCAUCAGAGAAAUCACACAGGGGAGAAGCCAUUUUCAUGUUCAGAAUGUGAGAAAUGUUUUACCAAUACAUCAUCUCUAUUUAAACAUCAGAGAACUCACACAGGGGAGAAGCCAUUUUCAUGUUCAGAAUGUGGGAAAUGUUUUAAAAUGAAAUCAGAACUUGUUAUAGAUCAGAGAAAUCACACAGGGGAGAAGCCAUUUUCCUGUUCAGAAUGUGAGAAAUGUUUUACCAAUACAUCAUCUCUAUUUAAACAACAGAGAACUCGCAUAGGGGAAAAGCCAUUUUCACGUUCAGAAUGUGGGAAAUUUUUUAACCAUAAAUCAUCUCUUGUUAAACAUCAAAAAACCCACAUAUAA